UUGAAUAAAGCACGGAAGAAAACUGAAUUUUGUCGAAAUGAACAACGGCGUGCUUUAGAAGAAAAGGAAGAGGAGUGUCAGCAAAAACGAAUUUUGGAAGAUAGGCUGAGAAGCUUAGAAUCUAAAAUGAAGACAGAGAGAGAAAGAAACGAGAGCACUCAAACAAGGCUACAAUCAGCCCAAGAGGAAUUGCGUGAAUAUAAGAGCUGCCAGCAAGCAGACUGGGUCAUAUCUCGUGAGGAAAUCAGUUUAACGGAGAGAGUUUUAGGACAAGGAGCCUGGGGCAUCGUGUAUGAAGGAAGAUUUCGCGGCUGUCAAGUUGCUGUUAAGGAACUUCAUGAAGUGAUUGUCUCACGUCACACUAUUAAAAUGUUCGAACGAGAAAUGAACAUCGCAUUGUGUUGUCGCCAUCCAAACCUCUUACAGUUCAUCGGUGCCACAAACGAUAACGAUGGCGGCCCAUUGUUUGUCACAGAGUUACUUGACAUGACUUUGAGACAGCUUCUGAAAUAUAGGACAUUAGGUGACGAUGAAAUAAUCAACCUUGCUUUAGAUAUAGCUAGAGGUUUAAAUUACCUUCACCUCAACAAACGGAUACCUAUUGUACAUCGAGAUAUCAGCAGCUCUAACGUGCUUCUAUGGAGACGGGAUAAUUGUUGGGGAGCCAAGCUGUCUGAUUACGGGUCAGCCAAUUUUGUGCGUCAGAUCAUGACAGUUGGGCCAGGGUCUAUGAUCUAUGGAGCACCAGAGACACGCGAUGUACAUGCCCAACAGUCCACGAAGGUUGACGUGUACAGCUUUGGCGUCUUGCUGUGCGAAAUGUGUAUCAGAGAACAACCAAAUCUUGAGCAUCGCCUCCUUCAGAUUCGGAAGGUACUGGAUAAAAAAUUGCGGGGAAUUAUACGUAGGUGUGUCGAAACGGAUCCAGAGGAACGACCAACCAUGAGUGAGGUCAUACGUGAGUUGGAACGACCCAGAAGGCCAAAUAAACUUUCCCGCGUGAGAAGUUUCUUUAGCCGGAAGUAGAUGGAAUAUAUCUUUUAUAGGCCUAGCACCCAAAUGGAUGAGAGAACUGUAGGAAUCAUUUUGGUUAGCGUUAUAUACAUACAAAUCUAACAUACUCAAUCUAAUUUCAAAAUUAUCACAGUUUAACCGGCAUGAAGCGGUCACCCAUGCGGAAUAGCGAUGACCGCUAAAUACAGGUUCUACAGAAUACUAUUAUUAUAUAAACAAGACGCCUCAAGUCGUUUCCGUGGGAUGCAUUGGGCUAUACAAGGGUAAUGUGGUUCUAUUUGAAUGUGGUAAAAUGAGGGAAAUGGGAAAGACGUCUCACGUUAUGAAUAUCGAUGAGAAGGUUAGAUGUAUUUGCUUAUAAGUGAAUUGUUAGUUGCCAGUGGUGGAAAGAAUCGAGUUGAUCUUGUUUUAACUUAUAGCCAUGUAGGUUUUUUUUGUAGCACAAAGAAGUGAUUUUUGCAUCCAAACAAGGUCUACGCGUGUAACUUAAAUUAAAAUAUUCACAGAAACAAGUAAUGGAUAACAUAAUGGUUUCAUUAAAGUGAAGAGGAACUAUAGAAAAAAUGUUUGACAUUAAUGGGACAAAACAAAAGAUUCAAUAUUAUUAAGUAUAAUCUUAAGGAGUUACAACGCAAAUUGGACAUAAAAAAUAGAGGACAUUAGAGGCCAUAGGCGCAGUGUACAUUUGAUGUAGGAUUUAAAACGUUUGUGUUGCGACAGUGACUAUAUAACUAACAGUUUUUAAGGUUUCAAUGGCUUACAACAGAAACUAGACAUUAUGACUGAACAUUUGCCCCCUAAAACACAACUGAAGAUUGAAAACCCUAGACAAUAAAAAUAUUUGCACAGUUUCAUGCAUAUACAGUCCUUAACAGGAUAUUAGGGUAUGCUUGAGGUUUUGCGGGAAAAAAAGACUUUGCAAGGUAAAACGUUCUUGUUUUGAUAUACACUGUAGAACUAGAGGAGCCUUUAGAUAAACAUGAAACAAAACAGAAUAAAAAAG